AUGCGACAAGUAUACACGCCGCCAACUCUAACACCUCGACAACCACCUGUUGUAACUAAUUUACUUAAUUCUUCAAUAACAUCACCCAAAAAUAGUCUUACACCACUCAGAUUAUCAUAUCGUCCAGAUUCAUUUCGUCAUUUUAUAAGUCAACAAGCAAUUAUCAAACCAAUUCGAGGACGUGAUUUAUUUAUUCGUUCAAUACGUCGUAUAAUUGAACAAAUUCGUGAUAAAAAACAACGUAUAAAAAAUGAUCAACAAUUAUUUUCAACAUAUGAAGAAGCUAUUAGCAUUUUUAAUGAUUUAACAUUUAUGAAAUGUGUUUUAUUAAAAAAGAAAUUAUUAGAUUCAAAUAAUCGAACAUGGACUAUUGAAUUUGCACGUGAAGGUGGUUUACAUACAUUACUUUCUUACCUUGAACAAAUUACACAUAAAAAUUUAUCCCUUGUUGAUGCUAUACUUAUUAAUGAAACAAUACAAUGUCUUCGUGCUAUGAUGAAUAUUAGUGAAUUAUUUGAACAUAUUGCAUCAAAUCCACAAUAUAUUGAUUCUUUAGCAAAAGUUUUAAGUGUUCCAUCAGCUGAAAUUCGUAUGCGUGUAUUUGAAUUAUUAACUGCACUAUGUGUUUAUUCACACGAUGGUUAUGAAUUAGUUCUUAGAGCAUUACAAGAUUUUCAAACAAAUAAUAAAUUAUCAAAUGUAUUUGCUGUUAUUCUUGAACAACUUAAAUUUGCUGUUAUGGCUAAACAUAAAUGGUCAGCUAUUGCUUUACUCAAUAGUAUAUUAUCAUCAACUGAAACCAUUGAAAAACGUCUGUCAUAUAGAAAUAUACUUUAUUCAAAUGGUAUCAUAUCAAUAUUAGAACAAGCACGAAAUGAUAAUGAUGUUGAUCUUAAUUUUCAAAUUGAUAGUUUUUUUGAAGAUCAAAAACAUGAUGAAGAAGAAUUUUUAGGACAUUUUGAUAUCAAUGAUAAUCAAGCUGUUUAUCAAGCUAUUCAAUUACAAUUAGCACCUAAUUCAAAUGAAUCAGCUCUUUUUCUUACAGCAAUGCAACUUUUAUAUUCUACUUUAACAUCUUCAAAUUCCAAUGAACAACAAAAAGUUCUUCAAUCUAUUCUUCAGUCUAUUUCUCAACCAACAGAAAAAUCUUCAGAACAAAAACUAAUCAUCGAACAAGCAUCACAAACAGAUGCAAUUUCUGAAUUCGAUACUAAAUCUUCCUCUAUUUAUCAACAAGUUCCAACAGUUACUCCAGUUGUUACCAAUGAAAAACCCUUCGUAAAACCUAGCAAUAAUCAAUCAGUUUUCUUAUUAAUUAAUACAGAAAAAUCCAUCAAUAUUCAAUCACCUUUAAACGAACCAUAUGUUCCUGAAACAAUUAUUCCUCCGCUUCCAGCUAAUAUGCAAGUAGACUCUUCUCCUAUAUCAACAUCACGAAGCGGCACAGAAGUACCACCACCUCCUCCACCACCACUGCCAGGUUUUCUGGGAGGAUCUCCACCGCCGCCACCACCACCACUGCCAGGUUUUCUGGGAGGAUCUCAACCGCCGCCGCCACCACCACUGCCAGGUUUUCUCGGAGGAUCGCCACCACAACCAGGCUUUCUCGGAGGACCUCCUCUGCCGCCACCACCACCAGGCUUUCCAGGAGGACUAUCUUCUUCAACCCUUGGACAGUCUGGUGGCAAACCAUCUGUUGCUGGCCUUUCUAACUUAGUUGAUAGUAUUCCUAAACCAAAAGGUAAAGUACGACGAUUACAAUGGAAAAAGCUGCCGCAAACUAUUAUUACUACUAGUAAAUUUUGGAUGGAUGUUAAUAAAAAGGUUGAUACGCAAAUUGAUUUUUCACAACUUGAAGAUUGUUUUAAAGUUGGUAAUGAAAGUAGUAAUACACCAAUGCAAACGAAAACUAAAACAACGAAUAUUUUACCUUGUAAUCGAUCAAUUGCUAUAAAUGUUUUCUUGAAAAAAUUCAAAGUUACUGAACUCCAAUCAUUUGUACAGUCUCUUCAAGAUUCAAAAUCAAAUCUUAAUGGUGAAUGUCUUCGUAUGUUACUUAAAGUUUUACCUAGUGAAGAUGAAAUUAAUCUUGUUCAUGAUCAUCCACGAGAAAAUUGGACAUUACCAGAAGAAUUCAUCCAUCAAAUUGGUUCGAUUUCAUAUUAUGGAUUUCGUGUUCAAACACGUAUCCUUAUUACGGAAUUUGAUGAAAUAUUUGAUGAUUUCAAACGAAAAUAUGAACAUAUUAUAAGAGUAAUCGAUUUUCUACAACAUGAUUCAUCUAUUAAACAAUUAGCUCGUUCACUUCUAUCAGUUGGAGACUUUCUUAAUUAUGGUUCAUAUGCUGGUAAUGCAUUUGGCUUUCGACUUGAUAUUCUCAAACAACUUCAUGAUAUUCGUUCAAGUGAUAAUAAAAAUUUACUCAGUGUUCUUCUUGAAAAUUCACCAGAAAAUUUUCAAUUCAUUGGUAAUCUUAAACUAUUGCUCGCCGAUGAUAUACAAUUAAAAUUAUUAAAAGUAGGAUAUAUAGAUUGGAAAAAUAAGAUUGAUAAUGGUCUUAUACAAAUAAAUUCAAUGGAAGAUAAACAAAUCAUUGAACAAUAUAAACCAUUUUAUGAACAAUCAACUGUAAAAUUAAAUCAAAGUCUUGAACCAUUAGUAAAUCGAUGUGAAAAACAAGAAAUAGAAUUAAUGAAAGAAUUUGGUGAAACAGAUUCAAAUGAAUUUAACUAUGAUAUAUGUUGUACUAUUUUUCGACAAUUGAUUGAAAAAGUUGAAAAAGAAAAAAAAGAACAAGAAAAACGUUCAACAUCGAACAAAAUAUUAUUAAAUUCAACUAAAUCAGUAUCUCAACAACUUAAUAUAAAUAAUGAUAAAAAUAAUAAAUUAGUAGAUAUUAAUUUCAUGGAUUCACUUAUGAUAGAACUUAAACAAAAAAAAUUUUCUACAGUACCCGUCAGACGACGUCGGCCACGUCCAGAUCUUUUGAAUCUUAAUGAUCGAGAACUUAAAUAA